GUCGGUCGCCGCAUACACGCCUGUUUUUCACUCAUAGCGAGCGAGCUAGUCGUCGCCUACUGUACAAUUUGUUGAAGCGAGGCAAAGAAAACUUUCCAAUUUCAAGAAAAUCAGAAAACGUGCUUGCUAAAAUAAAAACAAAAGUUAGAGGAAUGUAUAAAUUAGACUAAAAUAAAAAUGCUGAAAAAACACUCGAAAUCUAAAUUAGAUAUGAAACUGUGAGAGAGAGAACUAUAUUUUUAAAAUGACUUUAGGCGCUUGCCAGGACCGCGCACAAAAUGACACCAACUACAACAACAUCAGGAACAGCACCGAAUGCAGCAUAAAUGUGCAUAUUGCAUAUGUUGACCAAGCAAAGCAGAGAGUACCAAUAACAGCAGCCAUGGGCGAGCGGUGAGAUGUGCACUAUCGGAUGCAAAUUUGGAUCACGAGCUCAGUUGUAAAAUUGAAGUGCGAGCAAUAGUCAUACAGGAAGCCAGAGAGAGGAGGAGAGUUGCUGGUCGUUGCUUGAUUUUUAUACCUAACAUUGCUCGCACAUUUCACAAUAAGUAUUCAUUGUAAAUACAGACGAAGGAAAAGAUAGCACCUAUUAAAAGUCAAUAAAGAUGUCUUUGUCCUAACAGGACGUUGCUUGAUUAUCAAAGUCGGCUAUCAAACAACAACAGCAGCAAUAGAGGGCGUGUUAAAGCGGCGGGGGGAGAGCAACAGAGUCUAGGCAUCCGCAAUUAAUGUUGCCAACGUCUUCAGCGCGCCUAACCACGUCAAUUUCGUCUUCAUCCCACCCCCAUUCGUCACGUCAGGCAUUGGCAAACGCUUCCGUUGCGCCCGAGAUUCAGGCAGCAGCGGCGACGGCGGCAGAAGCAUCGGUCCGUGCAGGUCGAGACGCGACUCAACCCAGUGCCGUUACGCUCGAAGCGAUCUCCGAUUCGUUUGUGUUGCUACAGCUGCUGCUUCUCUUGCUGCUGUUCUGGCUGUGCUUCGGUCUUGCACGCAAUUCCACGGUCUGGCACUGGCAACGCAUGGACAUGCAAUAGGGAGAGGCGAAAGCAGUCACCAACAGCUAACAGCAGUCAGCCAACAGCAUAGGUCAAUCAGUUGGUUUUGUACAGGGCCAAAAAGGGAAGAUAGCGCGCUGUAGCAGCUCAACAGAUAUUGCAGCAACAACAACAACAACAUAAAAUACAACAACAACAGCAACAACAAAUGACACAUACCGAAGGACUGACUGAAUGCCUCGCUGCCUAAACAAACAAAAAACCUACUGACUGAGACUUCAACUUAAAACAACAUACAACAAAAUCCAAAGGGCAUAACUACAACAACAAAUACAACAACUACUGCAACUAUAACUAACUUACUUUAUAUGCAACAAAAACCAAAAACAAAUCCAAUAAUAAACAACAAAUUUCAAAAACGAAACUCAACUCAACGCAAACCCUUUCAAUCAGUAAUUUGCACUUACUGAAGGCCUCAACAACGACUUCCACAACUUCACACAACCAGUAACCUGUAACCUGUAACCAGCAACCACAGCACAGCCAUGAGUGGUUCAGUAAUGGACACAAUAGGCAGCCUGACACAGUCACGUGCACCACUAUUGACGCUAUGGCUGACGGUGAACUUGGCGCUCUUUGGGCAGGGACCACCCGGCCGAAUAGGCUCAGUCCAAGCAGCGACUGGUGGUGGCAGCAUGUUGGGAGAUGUGAACAUAUCUGCUAUACUCGACUCCUUUAGUGUUAGUUACGAUAAAAGAGUAAGACCCAAUUAUGGUGGACCUCCCGUCGAAGUCGGAGUCACCAUGUAUGUGCUAUCGAUCAGCUCGCUCUCAGAAGUGAAAAUGGACUUUACAUUGGAUUUUUACUUUCGUCAAUUUUGGACCGAUCCUCGUUUAGCGUAUAGAAAACGACCUGGUGUAGAAACACUGUCGGUGGGAUCAGAGUUCAUAAAAAAUAUUUGGGUACCUGACACCUUUUUUGUAAAUGAAAAACAAUCAUAUUUUCAUAUUGCAACAACCAGUAAUGAGUUCAUACGCGUGCAUCAUUCUGGAUCGAUAACAAGAAGUAUUAGAUUGACUAUCACCGCCUCGUGUCCGAUGAAUCUACAAUAUUUCCCGAUGGACCGGCAACUAUGUCACAUCGAAAUUGAGAGCUUCGGCUACACGAUGCGUGACAUACGUUACAAAUGGAACGAAGGUCCUAACUCGGUCGGUGUCUCGAAUGAAGUAUCUCUUCCCCAAUUUAAGGUCUUGGGUCAUCGUCAAAGAGCAAUGGAAAUCAGUCUUACCACAGGCAACUAUUCGCGUUUAGCCUGUGAGAUUCAGUUCGUGCGUUCGAUGGGCUACUAUCUUAUACAAAUCUACAUACCCUCUGGACUGAUCGUUAUUAUAUCAUGGGUAUCAUUUUGGCUCAAUCGCAAUGCAACGCCGGCGCGUGUGGCGCUCGGUGUGACAACCGUGUUGACAAUGACCACUUUGAUGUCGUCAACAAACGCAGCGCUGCCAAAGAUUUCGUACGUCAAGUCGAUUGACGUUUAUCUGGGAACAUGCUUCGUUAUGGUCUUUGCCAGUCUACUGGAAUACGCCACCGUCGGCUAUAUGGCAAAACGAAUUCAAAUGCGAAAACAAAGAUUUAUGGCGAUCCAAAAGAUAGCUGAACAGAAAAAGCAACAGCUUGAUGGGGUGCAGCAACAGGCCAAUCCGAAUCCAAAUGUCGGAGGCGGUGGUGCUGAGCAUGGACAUGGGCAUGGCCAUGGCCACAGCCAUGGUCAUCCUCAUGCGCCGAAGCAAACAGUGAGUAACCGCCCAAUUGGCUUUUCAAAUAUCCAACAAAACGUUGGUACGCGCGGUUGCUCGAUAGUGGGACCCUUGUUCCAGGAGGUGAGAUUCAAGGUGCACGACCCAAAGGCACACUCCAAGGGCGGCACAUUGGAGAACACGGUAAAUGGCGGUCGUGGCGGACCACAGGCGCAUGGGCCAGGACCGGUGCCUGGUGGUGGCGGUGGUCACGGUGGCGGCGGCGGUGGCGGUGGUGGAGGGGGCCCACCUGAGGGAGGCGGAGACCCUGAAGCAGCAGUGCCUGCCCACCUAUUGCAUCCGGGAAAAGUAAAAAAGGAUAUCAACAAACUGUUGGGUAUAACGCCCUCGGAUAUUGACAAAUACUCGCGCAUUGUCUUUCCUGUGUGCUUCGUUUGCUUCAAUCUGAUGUACUGGAUCAUCUACCUGCAUGUCAGCGACGUGGUUGCCGAUGAUCUUGUCCUGCUGGGCGAGGAGUAGAGGCAACGGCGCCAGCGGAAGAGCCAGCGACAGCGAAGACGGAUAUGUCGGCGAGUGAAUAGCGCACGAAAAGUAAAACUACACAAGGCGCUUAAAAUAUAAAACUAAUUUUAACUAGCGAUAGUAAAUGCAAAUGCUACAAAUUAUUGUUUAUAAGUAUUACAAGAACACACACAUACAUAUACCCGUACAUGGUCAUUGUCAAAAUCUAGCAUUAAUGAACAAAUACAUAUGUAUGUAUAUUAAAACGAAUAAUCAAAACUAACACCAUAGAAGAAAUCAGUAAGCAAAUUAUAGCAAGCAUUAAUGAGUAACUAAAGAUGAUUUAUAAAAUAGCACAGUCAAUAGAUUUCUUUAAAGAUAAUCUCACAUCCCGUACUACCCCGAACAAGAGAAACCAAAAUGUUUGAAAGAUGUGAUCCAGACCGAUAAAACACAAAAUGCAAAAUGCAAAUUUCUUUGAUUUAUUUAGUUAACAUUCACUACGUAUUCGGUUCAUCGAGGUUAAAGCCGUUGGAUGCUUCCCAGACCAGAAAAACCCAAUGAGUCUUCCUUAAGUUAAGCGGACUUGGUCUGAUUAAGUUAUGUAUUAAUUCUUCACACCGAAGAUCUUAGCCUUCUCCCCCCUUUCUAUGGCCACAAAACCUCAACAGCUAUAGACUAAAUUAAACUUUGUUUUAUCCCACAAUCAGCCGUUAUAUUUAUUUAAAAACUGACAAUGUUUAGCGCUUCCAUUAAAAAUGGCCAAAUUUUUUAGUAAAUUAAAUUAUAGCGAAGAAUCGCGUUCGAGUGCUAUCCCCAAUAACUGAGGCAACGUUCUGAUUUAAGGUUGCACUUGAACUCGAAACUCGAACUUUAAAUAAUGAAAUACCAAUUUUGAAAUAAUUUGCACUUGAAAGUUAUAAACGAAUACACUUGUACGUAUGUAAUUCCCUUUGAGUGCACCUUUUAUAAGAUUAAAUAUUACUUUUUAAGUUUUAGCCGAAAACAAAUCAUGGGGCAUUAGUAUUAACAAAUAGUUAGUGCAAGUAAACAUAAAAAAGCUAACAAAUAACAACAAAAUAUCACAUAAUUCAACUUACAAAAAUAAUUUGUUUGCAAACAAGAAAAGAAAAGAAAAAAAAACAAAAUCGGAAUACAACAACUUAUAUAAACGAUACAAAUAAAUUGCACAGGCCAAACUUAAAACUCACGCAACUCAGCAUUUUGAAGAUAACUUUGUAACACCACUAUAAGGGUUUGGCAUUGAAAACAAAACGAAAAAAAACCCAUAUAAUUAAUUGUACGUAAGCACACACAUACACACUAAUAAGAAUGAAACUGCCUAAAAAUAGAUUAUAAGUCAAAGAAAUAGUUGAUAAAGGAAAUAAUACUCGUACUCGUAAAUAUAGACCGGAAACAAUAGCAGAAACAAUAGAGGAACCAGCAACAGGAACAGCAGAGGAAAAAAGGCCCAACCGGACAAGCUAAUGCUGGAAUAUACUUGUAUAUGCUAUAUGUACAUAAAUCAAUAAGUACUCAAUGAGUUAGUAUAAUUAUGAUUUUCAAUUAAACUUUUGUACAUAUGAAAUGAAACAAACACAUUCUCAAUGAAAAGUAGGAGCAAAACUUCGCAGAGCAUUAUUUUUUAAUAAGUAUUAUUAUUAGAUAAUUUAGGAACCAAGAGCAAAAUGUUCAUGCUGUCAACAAAUGCGAUGCACCAUUUACUCGUACAGAAAGCCAAACAUAUACAUUUACACACAUACUCGGACACAGUUGCAUACAUACAUACAUACUAUACCUACAUUCUCGCGCAAGUUCCUCCAUACGACACACAGACAAGUUUAAGCGACAUGUUACAACAUACAUACUCGUACAUACAUAGGCACUCAUACAGGCAAGUGAGUUAAACUAUAGAGAAGAUAACAACUAAAUAUAGCACAAGUUUAGGUAAUGUUAAUGAAAACCAAAGCAAAUAUCAUAAAUUAAUUGUAUUGUAUGUAUGUAUUUAGAAACAAUUUAAUGUCAUUGGCGUUUCGUUAAGCGCUAAACCUAAGGCUAAAGAUUUUUGUACAGCUAGCUAAAGGGCUCAAGUUGAGGUUUGAGCAUAAUAUACAAGAUAAAUAUAUAUAUAGUUUAUAUGAUAGUAUUAAAGGAAGCUAAGUUUAUACAUACACAAGAUGAAGACAAAAAUAUGUUUAUACAUAUACGUACAUACAUAUGUAUAUGCUAUUUAAAUAUAUACAUUUAUGUAUAUGCAAAAAUAUGGAACUGCAAAGGAACCAUCAGCAUAUAUUAGGCACCUAUAUAGCACGAGUUUUUUAUAUACAGAAACCCAACCCGUAACUUAUAUAACCAAUUAAUUGUAUAUGUGUAUAUACGAAAAGAAAUAACGUACUUAUGAAUGAAAAUUGGGGAUUCCAUGCAAACGCAAAGCUCCAACCAGUUAGUUGUAAAGUAUACUUGUAUGUCAUGUAUACAAAUACAUUUUCGAGAUUCUGUUGAAUUGGACGAGAAUAGGUGAGCAUAAAGAUGAUCUUCAGUAUUUUGAACUGAAUGAAGAGUGUACCUACAUAGUUACUUAUUCUAGAUCUUGAAUUCGGCCUUCAAGUGAACGAAUCAAUUUGGCUUCUACAGACAAGUGUUCAAUUAGGAAAAUAUUUCUGCCUUAUUGUUUAAUUUAACCCUGUCCUCUCUAUUUCCAAUCAAUGUCAGCUCCCCAAAAAACUACAGAAACUGUUUUUUUUCUGGCUUUAGCUAAUGGACUAAGCCAUAGGUGGUAUGCAAUUAUUAAUUUUUUUAUUUUGUAAUCUAUUGUAUUUCGAACGAUUUUGUCUCGCUCAAAGUGAAGUUAUAACUAGGCCUAGACUGGCACAACAGCCACAAUUGAACUGAACCUACACCAGCUCCCUGUAGAUAUAUUCUCCUUUUGCCUGACAUUUGCACAACUUUUCUACUAAACGAUUAGACUUUAAAGAAAAUGACAGAACCCUCACACCCUCACACCCGACACCCCACCCCAUGCCCAACCAUGACAUAUACGAACAUCACAACGAAACACUUUAUUCCAUGAAAAGCACACAACUCCCAAUAACAAUACCAAUACCAACAAGCAAACAACAACACAAAACAAAACAACACAAAACUAAAAACAAAAACAAAAACUAAAACAAAAAGACAAAAACCAAGCGAAACUUACUUUAUUAACUUUCUAGACACCAUAAAAUUAAUGAAAAUGAAGCUAUAAUGCAAACAGAAAACUUAGAAAUUGAAUACAAUUAAAGCAAUAUAGCUUGUACGUGCAUUUUUGUUACUCGUAUUAUAAAUCGAAAUGCUCGCCAAAGCCAGGCAUAAGUACUAUAUACUCGUACUAUUGAUUGAACCAACGCAAUAGCAAAGUUUACAACUACAUUUACGUACAACAGCCAAAAUAUGGGCGCAAAUUUCGAAUUGCAAUGCAAAUCCGGCACAACACACAGAGCUAGUACUGGAACGGGUCCUUCCCGGAUCGGAGUAGACCAACAUUGCACUAGCAUAUAAGAAGUCAAUGCGAGUCGAUAGUCGGCAAAGAGUUAAAUCCGUGAUACAUAAGAACAAAAUAUGUUGAUCCUUAUAGAAACACCUAGAUUAAAACUAUAAAAGCAGAAAAUUAAUAAACAAAUAAAAUGAUAUAUUUAAUAAAUUAACAAACAAUAUGUUAAAAAGCAAAAGGACACUAAACACAAAUCAAAAUAAACUACACAAAGGAAGACAUUUCAAAGCAAAAACAACAAAUAGCUGCUCAAUGGUUUCGGAGCGUAUUUCCAAAGAACGCAAACAAAUUUAAGUUUUAAAUGUACGAGUAGUUUACUAUUUCUAAUUUAUGGAUAUUAUUUUCAAAAUUUAGUCCGCCAUAGUCACCUUUUUAUAAAAUAUUGAAGCAUUUAGGACAACAACAACAAAAAAAAAAAAAAACAAACGAAACAAAAACAUAAUGAAAGCAAAAAGUGUUAAGUUUUAAUUUAUAUACAGGCAGUAAGUAAUGUUGUAAGCAUUUUUGGUGGCGCUGUUUAUAUAGCGACUAUAACACCAAAGUUUUAUUAGAGGUAAACAAAUCAAAUAUACAUAUGUACAUAUUUACAUAUAUACGCAUAUAUAUCUGUAUCUGUGGUUAUGCAUUGCCGCUUACUUAGAUGUGAACAAACAAACAAAAAUAGAACAAUUCUUUUAAAUUAUAGACUAUUGAGCGGAUCUUUCGUUAACUAGCACGGUAAUUGAAAAAGCAUUUACAAACUAAAUUCAGAAACAGUGUUUUCAUAUUUAAGAUGUGGUUAUUUAGAUGCCGACUCUUCCACACCUUGUACCUAGCCCCCUUCCUACAAUUGUUCAUAUGACAGCUGUAGUAUGAUUAAAAUGGAACUACACCUUAUUGAAUAGAUUAUAUAUUCGCUGAAAAGGGAAGGGCUCAGUAGGAGUAAAGUAAAAGACAAUAGUCGCGGACCGCCGUGCGUCUGUUCGCUUUAGAGUUUUAUUGG